UCUCCAUAUUUUAAUCUCCAUCUCUCCAAUUUGAAAAAAAAAACACACUAUUCACAUUUCACUGCUGCAACACUUGAAUAGCAAAUUCUCAGAGAGAGUUCAAUUCACCGUCAAUGGCAGCGAAUUGCACCAGGAAAUUGACGGUGGAGAUAUGCAACGCGAAGAACCUGAUGCCGAAGGACGGCCAGGGCACGGCCAGCGCCUACGUCAUCGUCGAUUUCGACGGCCAGCGCCGCCGCACCAACACUAUUUUCCGAGAUCUAAACCCACAGUGGGACGAGAAGCUCGAGUUCCUGGUGCACGACGUCGAUGCCAUGGCGGCAGAGACGCUUGAGCUCAACGUCUACAACGACAAGAAAGCCGGAAAGAGGAGCACUUUUCUCGGAAAAGUCAGGAUCUCGGGAAGCACUUUCGUCAAAUCCGGCGACGAUGUGCCGUUGGUUUACUAUCCGUUGGAGAAGAGAAGCGUUUUCUCGCAGAUUAAAGGCGAGAUCAGUUUGAAGGUCUCGUACGUCGACGAUGAGCCGCCUCCGGCUCCGGCACCGGAGAAGAGUGAUGCUCCGCCUGCUGCUGCGGCGGAGGAGAAACCGAAGGAGGAGGAGAAGAAGGAGGACAAGCCGGCGGAGGAGGAAAAGAAGGAAGAGGAGAAAAAAGCCUCGCCGGCGGAGGUGGAGAAGAAGGAAGAGAAACCAGCGGAGAAAAAUGCUGAGGCGGCGUCGGCUACGCCGCCACCAACACCACCGCCCUCGACUGAAGUACCGCAUCCGCCAAUUGCUCAACAGAAACUCGUGCAAGAGAAAUCCGUUGCUUCAGAUCACUCGAAAAACAUGGAAAUUGAAUCAAAACUCUUCCGAAAAAUCUCCAGCGGCAGCUCCGAUCGACGGGUCGCGUUCGAUCUCGUCGAUCCGAUGCCGUUCCUCUAUAUUCGCGUCGUGAAGGCGAAGAUCUCGAAUCCGGCUGGCGAUUCCUCCUUCUGCGCGAAGAUCGUGAUCGGAACUCACAGUGUCAAAACAAAAUCGCUCUCCGCCAACAACGAAUGGGAUCAGGUCUUCGCCUUCGACAAGGAAGGACUGAAUUCGACUUCUGUAGAAGUUUCGAUUCGCGCAGAGAAGAAGGUUGCAGAGAAGGACACGACGGAGGAGACCUCCGCCGGAACGGUGUGCUUCGAUCUCCAGGAGGUGCCGAAGCGCGUCCCACCGGAUAGCCCCUUAGCGCCGCAGUGGUACAGCCUGGAAGGAGAGGGCUCGACGGGAAAUGACAUCAUGCUUUCAGUGUGGGUGGGGACUCAGGCCGACGAGGCGUUUCAGGAGGCUUGGCAAUCAGAUUCAGGGGGCUUGAUACAGGACACCCGAGCCUCUGUUUACUUGUCUCCGAAGCUUUGGUAUUUGAGACUAACGGUCAUCCAAACCCAAGACUUGCAGCUUAGUCCGGGUACACCUGGUCCCGAGCCUAAGCUUCGGAGUCCGGAGCUCUACGUUAAAGCGCAGCUCGGCGCGCAGCUGUUCAAGACAAGCCGAACGACCAUUGGCUCGAUCAAUCCUACGUGGAAUGAGGAUCUUGUAUUUGUAGCUGCCGAGCCGUUUGAGCCGUUUUUGACAUUGACGGUUGAGGAUGUGACAAAUGGGCAGCCUAUUGGGCACGCUAAGGUGCAGGUUGCCACCGUGGACAAGCGCACGGACGACAAGUCAGAGCCGCGGUCCAGGUGGUUCAAUCUGAUUGCUGACGAGGUUAAUAAAGCCUAUGCUGGCAGGAUACACGUGCGGGUUUGUUUGGAGGGCGGUUACCACGUGCUGGACGAGGCGGCUCAUGUGACCAGCGACGUCCGAGCCACAGCCAACCAACUUGCCAAGCCACCCAUCGGGCUGCUCGAAGUAGGCAUCAGAGGGGCCACAAACCUACUCCCGGUCAAGACCAAGGACGGUACGUGUGGCACCACUGACGCCUAUGUGGUUGCAAAGUACGGGCCGAAGUGGGUCCGGACACGCACAAUCCUUGACCGAUUCAAUCCAAGGUGGAAUGAGCAGUACACGUGGGACGUGUACGACCCUUGCACCGUGCUGACUAUAGGGGUGUUUGAUAACGCGAGGUACAAGCACGACGAAGCAGAAGGCAAGAAGGAUGUACGCCUCGGGAAGCUAAGGGUACGGCUCUCGACGCUCGACACCAACCGGGUGUACGUAGGCACGUAUUCGCUUAUGGUGUUGCUCCCGACCGGGGCUAAGAAAAUGGGGGAAAUCGAGAUUGCAUUGAGGUUUUCUUGCUCAUCUUGGAUUAGUCUCAUUCAGGCAUAUGCUAACCCAAUGCUGCCCAGAAUGCACUAUGUUAAGCCCUUGGGUUCAGCUCAGCAAGACAUCUUGAGGCACUGCGCGAUGAGGAUUGUCACGGCGCGACUAGCCCGGUCCGAACCGGCAUUGAGUCAAGAAGUGGUUCAAUUCAUGUUGGAUACAGAUAUGCACAUGUGGAGCAUGAGGCGGAGUAAGGCCAACUGGUUCCGUGUGGUCGGGUGCCUCUCAAGGGCGGCCUCAAUCGCUCGUUGGAUCGAUGGAAUUCAGACCUGGACGCACCCGCCGACGACGGUGCUGGUCCAUAUCCUACUAGUAGCCAUAGUGCUAUGCCCACAUUUGAUACUGUCCACAAUUUGUAUGUACGCGUUCAUGAUCAUAUCGCUCAGGUUCAGAUACCGUCAGCGCACAUCCUUUGCAAUGGACCCGAGAUUGUCCUACUUGGAUGCCGUGGGGCCUGACGAGCUGGACGAGGAGUUCGAUGGAUUCCCGAGCGCGCGGUCGGAGGAGCAGGUGCGCGUGCGGUACGACCGGCUGAGGGCCGUGGCGGGGCGGGCGCAGACGCUGCUAGGGGACAUAGGCGCGCAAGGGGAGAGAUUAGAGGCGCUGUUCAAUUGGAGGGAUCCGAGGGCGACUGGCAUAUUUGUGGUGGUGUGCUUGCUGGCUUCGUUGAUGUUUUACGUUGUGCCGUUUAAGGCGUUUGUGCUGGCCUUUGGGUUCUACUACCUCCGACACCCGAGGUUCCGCCAUGACAUGCCGUCGCUGCCGCUUAACUUCUUCCGGCGCCUGCCGCCGCAGUCGGAUCGGAUUAUGUAGGCUAUAUUGUUUAAUUUUAUUAGUCCUACUAUUGUUAAACUGAUGCACUUUCCCAGUGUCCUAGAGAUUGGUGUUUUUUUAUUUUGUAAACCUGGAGAUGGUGAAUUCACCCGAAUUUAUUUAUUUUGUGUUAAACUGCAAUAAAAUAUGCAUUGAAAGUUGAAACA